AGUUUUGUCCGGAAGCAUGCAGAGCCAGCCGAGAGACAAGCGAUCAUGUGAACUUUGGAUUCAGUGGCGUUGGAAUUGUGGCCAUGGUUCUCCUAUGAACACGGAUCAUGAACUACAAACUCGACAUUCCAUCGAGGGGACUUCACUUAUCCUCGGACGAUGGCUGCAAGAGCUCACUGUUCGCUGGCUCUCUCGCUCCUCUGCAUCUUCCUCUGUUCCUCUGCUAGUGGUGGCGCAAGGGAGCAGCUCCCCUCCGCGCUCGUCGUCGGAACCGUCUUCUGUGACACCUGCUUCCGACAGGAAUUGGCCGAGUCCAGCUACUUCAUCUCAGGUGCUUCGGUGGCGGUCGAGUGCGGAGACGCUGCGAACCAGCUCGGCUACAGGAAGGUGGCGACGACGGACCGGCGCGGAGUGUUUGGAGUUCGCUUGCCGCCGAGAAUAAGCAGGAACUUAGGUUUGGUGGAGGCUUGCUCGGUGAAGCUGCUCAGAAGCAAUGAACCGUUCUGCGCGGUGGCGGCCUCGGCGACCACCGCCGGCCUGCGUCUCCAGUCGAGGAGGAACGGCGUUCGUGUCUACUCUGCUGGGUUCUUCAGCUUCAAGCUACUGAACCAACCCGAGCUGUGCCAUCAGAAACCACAGCUAGACCAGGCUGCGUUCUUCCUGCCAUCGCCACCGAGCUUCGGCGGAGUUCCAGUACCGGCAAACCCGUUGUUUCCACCGCCAUCCCUUCUGCCACCAAACCCGCUCCAGCCACCACCGUCGGUUCUCCCGCCGUUCCCGCUGCAGCCGCCUCCAUCGCCGUCCUUCGACUUACCUCCAGUUCCCCUGCUGACACCGCCGCCACCACCGCCGGCCUUGCCCUUCCCUCCGGUCCCGUUCGUGCCAGUUCCUCGGUUCCCUGGCGUCCCACCUGCCUCCUCGUGGAAGAAGACAUCGCCAUGAACGGGCCGUUGCGACCAACCCGUAUUGCAUGUGCUAAGUACGUGAAUCCUGUGACGCUCUCCACGUCUGUGCUUCUAUACUUGCGUGAAAACUGAUGUAGAUCCGACUGAUCGUGCUGCAACAAAACCCUAAGGUGUCACCAAAGGAUCCUGAAAUGCUACUCUGCACUAUAAUUUGGCCAACAAGAACUUGCUCUUU